AUCACAGGCAGCUCCUUAUAUAAACCGUGCACAAGCUAUUUCCCACACACCAGUACAUUUCGAUCGUAGCUAGCAGAGAGCAGUGAGGAGUGAAGCUGCCACGCCCAUUCGCUAGAGACCUAUAGUACAGACAAUAAUAGAGCAGUUAGCCAGGGCCUGAUGACCUGAUCAAGACACGAGCCGGUUGAGCUAGGUCCGGAUUACCACAAACGCCUCAUCUUCAAACCGAUCGAUCGCCAUGAGCACGGACGCGGACGCCGUUCCGGUGGCCGUGGCGCCGGCGAAGCGCCCUUCCAUCAACAAGUACGCCUUCGCCUGCGCCCUCCUCGCCUCCAUGAACUCCGUCCUCCUCGGAUAUGACAUCUCGGUGAUGAGCGGUGCUCAGCUGUUCAUGAAGGAGGACCUUAAGAUCACGGACACCCAGAUCGAGAUCCUGGCCGGCGUCAUCAGCAUCUACUCGCUCUUCGGCUCGCUGGCGGCGGGCCUGACGUCCGACUGGCUGGGGCGGCGCUACACCAUGGUGCUCGCGGCCGCCAUCUUCUUCACGGGCGCCCUCGUCAUGGGCCUCGCCCCCAACUACGCUUUCCUCAUGGCCGGCCGCUUCGUGGCCGGCAUCGGCGUCGGCUACGCGCUCAUGAUCGCGCCCGUGUACACCGCCGAGGUGGCGCCCACCUCCAGCCGCGGCUUCCUCACCACCUUCCCGGAGGUGUUCAACAACUUCGGCAUCCUCCUGGGCUACGUCUCCAACUUCGCCUUCGCGCGCCUCCCCGUCCACCAGAGCUGGCGCGCCAUGUUCCUCGUCGGCGCCGUCCCGCCCGUCUUCCUCGGCUUCGCCGUCCUCGCCAUGCCGGAGUCCCCGCGCUGGCUCGUCAUGCGCGGCCGCAUCGAGGACGCGCGCCGCGUGCUCCGGAGGACCUCCGACUCGCACGAGGAGGCGGAGGAGCGGCUCCUCGACAUCAAGCGGGUCGUCGGCAUCCCCGCGGACGCCACCGACGCCGACGACGUGGUCGCCAUCGUGCGCGCCAACGAGGCCGCGCGCGGGCAGGGUGUGUGGAGGGAGCUGCUCAUCAACCCGAGCCGGCCCGUGCGGCGCAUGCUCGUGGCGGGGCUCGGGCUCAUGUUCAUCCAGCAGGCCACGGGCGUCGACUGCGUCGUCAUGUACAGCCCACGGGUGUUCGAGGCUGCCGGCAUCAAGUCCAAGACCAACUCGCUGGGGGCGUCCAUGGCGGUGGGCGCCUGCAAGACCUUCUUCAUACCCAUCGCGACGCUCCUCCUCGACCGCAUCGGGCGGAGGCCGCUGCUGCUGGCCAGCGGCGGCGGGAUGGCCAUCUUCCUCUUCACGCUCGCUACGUCCCUGCUCAUGCUGGACCGGCGGCCGGAGUCGGAGGCGAAGGCGCUGGGCGCGGUGAGCAUCGCGGCGAUGCUGUCGUUCGUGGCGUCGUUCGCGUCGGGGCUGGGCCCCGUGGCGUGGGUGUACUGCUCGGAGAUCUACCCGCUGCGGCUGCGCGCGCAGGCCGCCGCCAUCGGCACGGGGCUGAACAGGCUCAUGGGCGGGGCCACCACCAUGUCCUUCCUCUCGCUCACCCACACCAUCACCAUCGCCGGGGCGUUCUACCUCUACGCCUGCAUCGCGGCCGCGGGGUGGGUGUUCAUGUACUUCUUCCUGCCGGAGACGAUGGGAAGGAGCCUGGAGGACACCGGGAAGCUCUUCGGCAAGGACACGGACGACGACGUCGACGGCGUCGUGCGCCAUGAGCGCAAGAAAUCUACUGAGCUCAUCGGCGCUCCACAGUAACAGCGAGGUCACCCAGCGCUCUACCUCUACGGGGAGAAAGGUCACAAGAUAUCCCAAUUUACGCACGCGUGAUGAAUCCACGUAGAAAGUUCACCGUUCACCGGCCAUUGUGGCGCGCACUGGCUGCGCAGCCUGACCCCGUGGCUGGAUCUUUUCACCGGGUAGGUAGUGUGUCAUUGAUGCUGCAGUGCUGCACGAGUGUGUAAUAAGUAGCAUAUCUAGUGUUGUACAGGCAUGUGUUGUGCUAUAUGACUUAGUCAUUUGUGUACUUUAGUUUGUGGCGUUUGUUGAUUAGUUAUUUGUUUUUUA